AUGGAACUAACCACGGUGCAGUGCAAUCUCACUGUUAGUCCCUAUGCGUUUCCACCACCACUCACCGACAUCUCAGUCUCUAUCGACCUCAGAAUGUUCCGACACACAGUUUGCUUGGCGCCGUUAGCCCGAGAGUGCAAUAUCAUAAAAGAACACAAACUUGUUUGUCCUCCAAUAGAAAUCAAAGGCCAAUUCACCAUCGCCACCGAAACAGUAACCGAUGGACAGAUUGAUGCUAUGCUGAAAUUGUCACUGCCCAAAAUGGUAAAGAGUUGGCUUCGAAAACGCGUAGCCGCUUUGAUCACUUCCAAGGCCGCCGCGCAUAUGACCGGUGGUCAUCACCAUGGUUACUCGAUUAAAGGAGAUGUGGACGUAAUAUUCGAGAGAUGUGUCCCUGAUUCUUAUGACCUGGCCGGCUUGCCCUCACUGAAGGUGGAGGAUAUCAAAAGGGAUAGUUGUCCGAUAUGUUUAGGAGAUAUAUCGGGUGGUCAAAGUUGCAUGGCGUUCCAUUGUUCCCAUCUUUUUCACAAAGAUUGUGUUUGGGGGUGGCUAAGGAACAACAUUACUUGCCCAAAUUGUCGCCGCUGUCUCUGUGGAAAAGGGACUUGUAAAUGUAUUAAACCUACUGUUUCUUCUCAUGAUGAUGAUGAUGAUGAUUGA